CCCGGGAGCCGAGCAGCCUGGCAACGGCGGUGGUGCCCGGAGCCCGAGAGUUUCCAGUAUGGCUUCUGCACCAACUUCUAAAUAUAAUUCACACUCCUUGGAGAAUGAGUCUAUUAAGAGGACUUCUAGGGAUGGAGUUAAUCGGGACCUCAGUGAGGCUGUUCCUCGACUUCCAGGAGAAACUCGCAUCACUGACAAAGAAGUUAUUUACAUAUGUCCUUUCAAUGGCCCCAUUAAGGGAAGAGUUUACAUCACAAAUUAUCGUCUUUAUUUAAGAAGUUUGGAAACGGAUUCUGCUCUAAUACUUGAUGUUCCUCUGGGUGUGAUCUCCAGAAUUGAAAAAAUGGGAGGCGCGACAAGUAGAGGAGAAAAUUCCUAUGGUCUAGAUAUUACUUGUAAAGACAUGAGAAACCUGAGGUUCGCGCUGAAACAGGAAGGCCACAGCAGAAGGGACAUGUUUGAGACCCUCACAAGAUACGCCUUUCCCUUGGCCCACAGUCUGCCCAUAUUUGCGUUUCUAAAUGAAGAAAAGUUUAACGUGGAUGGGUGGACAGUUUAUAAUCCAGUCGAAGAAUACAGAAGGCAGGGCUUGCCCAAUCACCACUGGAGAAUAACUUUUAUCAAUAAGUGCUAUGAACUCUGUGACACUUACCCUGCUCUCUUGGUGGUUCCAUAUCGUGCCUCAGAUGAUGAUCUCAGGAGAGUUGCAACUUUUAGAUCCAGAAAUCGAAUUCCAGUGCUGUCAUGGAUUCAUCCAGAAAACAAGACCGUCAUCGUGCGUUGCAGUCAGCCUCUUGUCGGUAUGAGUGGUAAACGGAAUAAAGAUGAUGAGAAGUAUCUCGAUGUUAUCAGGGAGACUAACAGACAAAUUUCUAAACUCACAAUCUAUGAUGCAAGACCCAAUGUAAACGCAGUGGCCAACAAGGCAACCGGAGGAGGAUAUGAAAGUGAUGAUGCAUAUCAUAACGCCGAACUUUUCUUCUUAGACAUCCAUAACAUUCAUGUCAUGCGGGAAUCUUUAAAAAAAGUCAAAGACAUUGUUUAUCCUAAUGUGGAAGAAUCUCACUGGUUGUCCAGUUUGGAGUCUACUCAUUGGUUAGAACAUAUCAAGCUUGUUUUGACGGGAGCCAUUCAAGUAGCAGACAAGGUUUCUUCAGGGAAGAGCUCAGUGCUUGUGCACUGCAGUGACGGCUGGGACAGGACCGCCCAGCUGACGUCCCUGGCCAUGCUGAUGCUGGACAGCUUCUAUCGGAGCAUCGAGGGCUUUGAAAUAUUGGUGCAAAAAGAAUGGAUAAGUUUUGGACACAAAUUUGCAUCUAGAAUAGGUCAUGGUGAUAAAAACCACGCCGACGCUGACCGAUCUCCUAUUUUUCUCCAGUUUAUUGAUUGUGUAUGGCAGAUGUCGAAACAGUUCCCUACAGCUUUUGAAUUCAACGAACGAUUUUUGAUUACAAUUUUGGAUCAUCUGUAUAGUUGCCGGUUUGGUACUUUCCUAUACAACUGUGAAUCUGCUCGAGAAAAACAGAAAGUUACAGAACGAACAGUAUCUUUAUGGUCACUGAUAAACAGUAAUAAGGACAAAUUCAAAAAUCCCUUCUAUACUAAAGAAAUCAAUCGAGUUUUAUAUCCAGUUGCCAGUAUGCGUCACUUGGAACUUUGGGUGAAUUACUACAUUAGAUGGAACCCCAGAAUCAAGCAACAACAGCCCAAUCCAGUGGAGCAGCGGUACGUGGAGCUCUUGGCCUUGCGCGAUGAGUACAUACAGCGGCUCGAGGAACUGCAGCUUGCCAGCUCGGCCAAGCUCUCCGAUCCCUCGACUUCGCCUUCUGGUCCUUCACAGAUGAUGCCCCAUGUGCACACUCACUUCUGAGAGGGAACCCCGGUGCCGCGUUAGAGCUCUGAAUAAAGGAGAUGGUUGACUUUCAUUUAGGGCCUCUGUACAAAGUAGAUUAAAAUAUUUG